UCCAGAUCUCAUCAUGCAGUUCCCCGAGAGAACCCUGAAGGAGGCGCUGCUGUGCGCCCAGAACGACGGCCGGCUCACUGCUGGGGUUUACGAGAGCGCCAAGAUCAUGACCGAAGACCCGGACAGGGUGGCGUUCUGCGUGCUGGCCAUGGACGAGCAGUUCCAGUGUGACAUCGCUCUGCAGAUCCACUUCACUCUCAUCCAGUCCUUCUGCUUCGACAACGACAUCAGCAUCGUCAGAGUGAGCGACAUGCAGCGUCUGGCUGACAUCGUGGGAGACAAGGCGGAGGAGCUGGAAGACGCUCACUGCGUCCUCAUCACGAACCCCGCCGACGGCUCCUGGGAGGACCCGGCUCUGGAGAAGCUGCACCUGUUCUGCGAGGAGAGCCGGCGCCUGAACGACUGGCUCCCGGAGAUCAGCCUCCCUGAGCGCUGAUCCGGUCCGGGCUGCUCUGAUGCUGCAAGGCUUCUAUGUGGAAAUAGUCAUCCUGUGAGCAGGAUGAGCGCGUUUCUGCUCAUCCCUGGACGCUCCUGAGGAGGAUCCCCGUCCAGGCAGCACGGCGCCGGCCCCCCCCGGGGGGCCCCCGUGACCCCGUCGCCUCUCGUCCCGUCCAUGCCAAGAUGACUCUCAUUCUUUCUGUGAACGAGGUCGGGCAUGCCACGAGAGCGACACAUCGACCCUCAUUCUUUGUGCGGAUGAGGUUUGGAGAGGAAGGAGAAGCGAGGUCAAAGGUCGCACGGUGACGCACGCGCAGCAGGAGAAGAAGCGGUGCUGAGGAGGAGGCCUGCUGAAAAAGGGACUUUUUCCAGAGGCUCUCUUCACCGAGCAACAACACACCAGUUGCUGAAAUGUUUCCCACUUUCCAAUGUGUCCUAAUUCUCUAAAGGUUUCACUUUAGAAACUUCUUGACAAAGAUUCGCUACAAGGUGACAAACGUUCUGACCCUAAAGGUUUUAUAAAGAAACGGAUUCCAUUUAGAUCUGAUGUGCUGAUGCAAAAACACAAGAAGUUUAGAUUCACCAACAUUUUUCUGCGCCAAAAGUUUUUAAAUAUGCUUAAGCUUUUGCAAUGACUGUGACUUUGUUGUUUUAUCAUCUUAACAAAUGCAUCAUCACAAACUAUGAAAACUUUUUUGUGUGAUGUAACUGUAAACUUUUGGCUAAAAAGCAGAAUAUUGUCCUGUUAAAGCAAAAUCAUCAAAAAGUGCUGGAUAACUUUAAGAUGGAAAAAAAAUAUUUUUUAAUGUAAUGUUUUUACUGUAAAAGCCUCUAUAUUUCAAUUGAAAAACACCUUUUCAUUUUGUCUCACUUCUAGACUGUUUGCAUGUUUGUUGUUGCUAAUGUUGUGUAGUUUUUUUAUAACCUCACACUUUCCUGUUAGGAUUUCUUCUUUUAGAUUGUAUUUAUUUGAUCCAAUAUUUGUAAGAUUCAAAUCUAAAGCAUAAAAUAUUUCAAUUCUUCAUUUGGUGUUUUUGUUUCCUUAUAGCAAAGAAUUUGUUUGAAGUUUGUGAUUCCUUCAGGUGAGAUUCCACACUUCUCCCCUGCUCCUUCACACAGGUACUAUGUCUGAAUUCCCAACAUAAUCCACUAUAUAGUGCCUUGGCUAUUACAGUAAAAGCAAUCCGGUCACCAUGCUCACUACUAUUUUUUUAAACGUUGACAUGACGGCAUAAAGUGAAAAUCAAAUUAAUAUGAACAUUUUAUGACGUUUGUAACUCCAUUGUGCUCUGAUGAUGAAAAUGUGGAUGAUUUAUUUAAAAAUUACAUUUAACGCCGAAACACUUUUCCUAAAAAAAAAAAAAAAGGUUACAUCUUCACUUUUGAAGUAAUUUUCACCCAGUACAAUAUACCCAGUAAAAAGUUUUUGUCAAAAAAAAAAAAAAA